UCCAAUUUUUUAUUUUACUUUUAUUUAUUAGGAACUGUGGCUGAAGGAGCACCUGUAGUACCAAUUUCAGCACAAUUAAAGUAUAAUAUUGAAGUUAUAUGUGAAUAUAUUGUGAAAAAAAUACCAGUUCCUCUGAGGGAUUUCACUUCAGAACCAAGACUGAUAGUAAUUCGUUCAUUUGAUGUAAACAAACCUGGUUGUGAAGUUGAAGAUUUAAAAGGAGGAGUUGCAGGUGGAAGUAUUUUAAGAGGUGUACUAAAGGUUGGUCAAGAAAUAGAAGUUCGACCUGGCAUUGUCACCAAAGAUGAUGAAGGAAAAUUAAUGUGUAAACCCAUUCAUUCAAGAAUUGUAUCCCUUUUUGCUGAACAAAAUGAUUUAAUGUAUGCAGUCCCUGGGGGUUUAAUAGGUGUAGGAACUAAAAUUGAUCCAACUUUAUCUCGAGCUGACAGAAUGGUGGGUCAAGUUCUUGGUGCUGUGGGAGCACUGCCCGAAAUUUUCACUGAACUGGAGAUAUCAUAUUUUCUUCUUCGUAGGCUGCUUGGUGUUCGCACUGAGGGAGAUAAGAAAGGAGCUAAAGUUCAAAAACUAGCAAAGACAGAAGUUUUAAUGGUGAAUAUUGGCUCACUUUCGACGGGGGGCAGAGUCUUAGCAGUGAAGGCAGAUUUAGCAAAAAUUAGUUUAACUAAUCCAGUUUGCACUGAAGUUGGUGAAAAAAUAGCACUUAGCCGCAGAAUUGAAAAACACUGGAGGUUAAUAGGAUGGGGUAUGAUACGUAGAGGAGUUACAAUUAAACCUGUUACGUAGACUUUAUUGUAUGAAUGACUAUUUUGUUAAAUCAGACAUAAAAGAAUGGACUAUAUAAAACAAAAAUGACAAAUAAAUAGAUCAAUAUCAUGAAAUCUUUAA